UGUUGUGGAGCUAAACAUUGUCAGUGUAGCAGUAAGCGAGUGUCAGACUGUGUGAACAGGCCUGUUCAGGAAUAUCAGUUAAGAGUUUAGAGGAGCGGUAAAAUGACCAGACUGGACCGAUUAAAUUCAUUCCUGUCCGAGCGACUAACGGCGGCGCUAAAUGAGAUAAUAUACACGGUAAGCAUGACGAUGAAGGAGUACGAGGAGGAAACCGCACGGAUACGUAAAGAAAACGAGCAUCUAAAGGAAAUGUUAAAGGUUACAGCCUGCAGCGCUCCAGAAGCAAAUCCUGGAGUGGUCAACUCCGCUGUGGUCCCUCCCAUUCCUCAUGGACAAGAAGACUGUAACACAAACGUGGAGCAGGAAUCAGAGGAAUCUGAGCCCCAGGAGAGCCAGAAUGGACACUGGGGCCUGAAGGGAGAAAACUCAGGCAUAAAAACAGAGCAGCCCUCUUACCCUACAGAUGCUGGCUUUGAACCAGAGACCAGGCAGACAUAUGCAACUCAGCCAGACUACACUGUGGAGCCUGUCCAGUGUCCCUCUCUCCUAAACUCACAGGCUGUUGACCAAGAGAUGAUAGACUACGAAUUCCCUGCAAAGAUCAAAGUAGAGUCAGGGAACACGCAUUCAGCGGACACGACGGACAGUGCAGAUGCAAACACGCAGAGCUGGUCUCCGCACAACUGGGAUGUCCUUUCAGAAAAAAGUGACCGGGCUAGAGUACAGCAAGCAUCCAUGCAGCCAUGCACCAUUGAAAGUGCUCACUCUGCAGAAUCUGCCUUCCAAAACAGGCCCAUAGAGUUUCGAGCAGCGUUCAGUUACUCAAACCGAAUUACCUGCCACAACACACUGCACUGUACCAGCAGACACUGUGAAAUGCAGAAGAGGACCAUAGCAAAAUCUAGUCCUGUGUGGAAGUAUUUCUCUCUGAAAGAGGGAGACUGCAGUAAAGCAGUGUGUCUAAUGUGCAAGGCAGUGAUAUCACGUGGUGUUAAAGAGUACACAACUUCAGCACUGUUAAAACACCUCCGUAUGAAACAUGGGAAAUGUUGACGUUCAGGCUUUCCUUUUAGUUUUACUUUUUUUUUGAUGCCAUUCCUGGAUUUAAUAUUAUGU